AUGUCUACCCGUAGUUUAUUUACCUUUUUACGUGGCCACAACAAAGUUCAAACCAAUUUCUUCGUUUUAGGGAUGUCUCAUUCUACGUCCACUUCGACAACACUGCUUCCAGAGGCUCCCGACGGAGGUUAUGGCUGGAUUAUCGUCUUUACAUCCUUUAUGAUACACUUCAUUUGUGAUGGUAUUUCAUUUUCGUUCGGUAUUCUAUUUCCUCAGAUACAAGAAAAUUUCAAUACGACAACGACAAUGUCGGGAAUCAUCGGCUCUAUUUUUCUCUCCAUGCCGCUUCUCUUAGGUCCCGUUGCUGGUGUACUUACUGAUAUUUAUGAUUGCAGGAUGACAAUAGUUGGUGGUAUCAUAGCUGCAUCUGGAGCAUUUGUCUCGUAUUUUGCUUUUGGAGUUUGGCAGUUUCUCUUUACUUUCGGUGUGAUUGUUGGAGUCGGGCUUUGCUUAUGUUUUAAUACAGCAAUAGUUGCGGUAACUUAUUAUUUUCAAAAAAAACGGGCAUUGGCAACGGGUAUUGCUGUUUGCGGCUCAGGUGCUGGUACUGCUAUUUUCGCUCCUUUUUUAGAAAUGGUAUGUUCUUGCUAUUCCCAGAAUCCUAAUGCUUUGCUGAAUAAGGAACUCCCGAAACUUCCAAGUUCAUAUGGUGCUGCGCAGGGCAGGGUUCCUGCGUCCAACGUUGUUAUGUUUGGCUGGCAAUGCCAUGGGUUUGACAAGCUGAGUCGCCGUGCUCCUUCUGCUCCCGUCAUCUUUUUCAGGCGGAAGAGGAAGUCUCAUGUUAUUAGUUUUGCAAAAUGGCUAUCAGUAGUAGUAUCACUGUUAUCUGUCCCUUCCUUUUCUGUGUACCUGGUCAGCACUUUCAUUUUAUAUUUGUUUUUUGAUAUUCCAUAUGUAAAUUUUCCGGAGCACGCUACCCAACAUUUAAAUGUCACUGAAACUCAGUCGUCAUACCUCGUUGCCACCAUUGGUAUAUUCAACACAGUAAGCAUGUUAGUUUGUGGAUUGCUUGCGGAUUGGAGAAUGUGUGUUCUAAUAGCACCAUUUGUAAAAUCCUAUUAUGUUCUAAUGGCGCUUUGCGCUGGGUUUGGUUUCUUCAUUAGUGCUAACUAUGUACUCGCUUCCGUGAUUACAGUCCAUCUGCUUUGCUUAUAUGAUUUCCAGACUGGAUACGGUCUUCUUUGUUUAGUUGAAGGACUUGGCAAUCUUUUUGGACCUGGGCUUGUUGGUGAAUACUCUUUAAUUCUUCAACCAUUUGUGGGUUUUCUGUUCGUUUAUUUUUUAAAUAAAACUGCCUCUAGUUUUACAUAA